CCGCAUCACACGUCACUGAGCGCAGUGUCUAUAUAGAGCGACCGGCGCAGUCUUCUGCAGUACAACAGCGAGCAGCAGCAGUGGAAGAAUCAGCAGCAGCAAAAGAAGUCGCUUUCGCGUUGUGUUUUGUUUCAGAGUUCAUCGAAUUAUCAAAAUGCAGAUCUUUGUGAAAACCCUUACUGGCAAGACCAUCACCCUCGAGGUUGAGCCAAGUGACACCAUUGAGAAUGUCAAGGCCAAGAUCCAGGACAAAGAAGGCAUUCCCCCAGACCAGCAGAGGCUGAUCUUUGCUGGAAAACAGCUGGAAGAUGGCCGCACCCUGUCUGACUACAACAUCCAAAAGGAGUCCACCCUCCACCUGGUGCUCCGCCUCAGGGGUGGAAUGCAGAUCUUUGUGAAAACCCUUACUGGCAAGACCAUCACCCUCGAGGUUGAGCCAAGUGACACCAUUGAGAACGUCAAGGCCAAGAUCCAGGACAAAGAAGGCAUUCCCCCAGACCAGCAGAGGCUGAUCUUUGCUGGAAAACAGCUGGAAGAUGGCCGUACCCUGUCUGACUACAACAUCCAAAAGGAGUCCACCCUCCACCUGGUGCUCCGCCUCAGGGGUGGAAUGCAGAUCUUUGUGAAAACCCUUACUGGCAAGACCAUCACCCUCGAGGUUGAGCCAAGUGACACCAUUGAGAACGUCAAGGCCAAGAUCCAGGACAAAGAAGGCAUUCCCCCAGACCAGCAGAGGCUGAUCUUUGCUGGGAAACAGCUGGAAGAUGGCCGCACCCUGUCUGACUACAACAUCCAAAAGGAGUCCACCCUCCACCUGGUGCUCCGCCUCAGGGGUGGCAUGCAGAUCUUUGUGAAAACCCUUACUGGCAAGACCAUCACCCUCGAGGUUGAGCCAAGUGACACCAUUGAGAACGUCAAGGCCAAGAUCCAGGACAAAGAAGGCAUUCCCCCAGACCAGCAGAGGCUGAUCUUUGCUGGAAAACAGCUGGAAGAUGGCCGUACCCUGUCUGACUACAACAUCCAAAAGGAGUCCACCCUCCACCUGGUGCUCCGCCUCAGGGGUGGCAUGCAGAUCUUUGUGAAAACCCUUACUGGCAAGACCAUCACCCUCGAGGUUGAGCCAAGUGACACCAUUGAGAACGUCAAGGCCAAGAUCCAGGACAAAGAAGGCAUUCCCCCAGACCAGCAGAGGCUGAUCUUUGCUGGAAAACAGCUGGAAGAUGGCCGUACCCUGUCUGACUACAACAUCCAAAAGGAGUCCACCCUCCACCUGGUGCUCCGCCUCAGGGGUGGCAUGCAGAUCUUUGUGAAAACCCUUACUGGCAAGACCAUCACCCUCGAGGUUGAGCCAAGUGACACCAUUGAGAACGUCAAGGCCAAGAUCCAGGACAAAGAAGGCAUUCCCCCAGACCAGCAGAGGCUGAUCUUUGCUGGAAAACAGCUGGAAGAUGGCCGUACCCUGUCUGACUACAACAUCCAAAAGGAGUCCACCCUCCACCUGGUGCUCCGCCUCAGGGGUGGCAUGCAGAUCUUUGUGAAAACCCUUACUGGCAAGACCAUCACCCUCGAGGUUGAGCCAAGUGACACCAUUGAGAACGUCAAGGCCAAGAUCCAGGACAAAGAAGGCAUUCCCCCAGACCAGCAGAGGCUGAUCUUUGCUGGGAAACAGCUGGAAGAUGGCCGCACCCUGUCUGACUACAACAUCCAAAAGGAGUCCACCCUCCACCUGGUGCUCCGCCUCAGGGGUGGACAGUAAAUGUUCUAUUGUGGUGAACCAAGUGGUUCUGUUUCUUCUGUUUUUUUUUUACUAUUAACAGGUGUAACUAUUUACACCUAGGUGUAUGAAGUUUCAGUUUCAAUAAAAUGUUUGACAUUCAGUGAAAA